AUGGGCCCUAUGCCACCUGCUCGUCUCAUGCCUUCUCCUCCAUUUUCCACUGUGAUGUUGGAUUUAUUUGGACCCUAUCAGGUAAGAGGAGAGGUUCAAAAACGCACUACUGGUAAAGCAUGGGGGGUCAUUUUUACUGAUCUUUGUUGCAGGGCUGUUCACAUUGAAGUGGUGUUUGGAUAUGACACACAGUCAUUUUUGCUGGCAUUGUCUCGUUUUGCAGCUAUUCGAGGAUGGCCGUCUGUUAUCUAUUCAGACCCUGGUUCUCAACUUCUAGGUGCUAGCGUUGAACUAGCACGAGCAUGGGCCGAUAUAGAUAAAGACGUUCUUUUGAGACAAGGCUCAGAUAUGGGUCUAAAUUGGAAAUUUGGGCCUGCUGACAGUCCAUGGUAUCAAGGUGCUGUAGAAUCAUUGGUAAAGUCUGCUAAAAAAGCAAUUGACCUAAGUGUGAAAAAUCAGAGAUUAUCUGUGCCUGAAAUUCUCACUGUCUUUACACAAGUUGCAGAUUUGCUUAAUGAAAGACCAAUAGGAGUGAUGCCCAGUGUUGAUUCUACUCUCAAUAUCCUUACUCCCAAUUCUCUACUUCUUGGUAGAUCUACUUCUAGAAAUCCUGGAGGUUAUGAUGCAAAUCCUUCCUUGAGAUUCCGUCUCACUUUAGUAGAAGGCUGUGUAAAACAGUUCUGGGAGCAAUGGAAGAAUCUCUUUGCACACACUCUUGUCCAUCAAACGAAGUGGUUUAAAGGGAAUCGAGACUUGAAAGUGGGAGAUGUUGUUAUAGUACCUGAUAGCAAUGUUCUCAAGGGAGAAUAUCGUCUUGCAAAGGUUACUGAAGUUUUCCCUGGUACUGAUGGUCUUGUAAGAAGGGUGAAAGUGUCUUAUAAAAAUUAUAGAGUGGGAGAAAAAGUUCAUGAGUACAAGGGUGCUAAGAAUAUUGAGGUAGAGAGAUCUGUCAGAAGAUUGGGUUUAUUAAUUCCUAUUGAGGAUAUGUAA